GCCAGAAAAAUAUUCGAGCCGGAUGUGAACAGUGACAGGCGAAAGUGGAGAGUAAAGGGCAGCGAGCUGUUGAAAAGUUAAAAGUACAGUUUAAUGUACAACCCAGAGAGGAUAAAAUAAGCGAAAGAUUUUCUGAACAUGACAUCUAUCUCAGAGGACAGUGAUAAGGAGAAGGUGCGCUCUGUAUCAGUCGACUUGAACAAUGAUGCAUCUCUCGUAAUUGAUAUCCCUGAUGCCCUCUGUGAACGUGACAAAGUCAAAUUCACCAUCCACAUCAAGACCACGCUUAGUUCCUUUCAGAAGUCGGAAUUUUCUGUGCCACGACAGCAUGAAGAUUUCAUCUGGCUUCAUGACACAAUCGUGGAGACUGAGGAAUAUGCUGGCCUCAUUAUUCCUCCUGCCCCACCAAAACCUGACUUUGAGGGUCCCCGGGAGAAGAUGCAUAAAUUGGGAGAGGGGGAAUCGAGCAUGACAAAGGAGGAAUAUGCCAAAAUGAAGCAGGAACUUGAGGCGGAAUAUCUUGCUGUUUUUAAGAAGACUGUGCAGGUUCAUGAAGUUUUUCUUCAGAGACUCUCCUCCCACCCCAUGUUCAGAAAGGACAGAAACUUCCAGAUAUUCCUGGAAUACGACCAGGAUCUCACCGUGAGGAGGAAAAAUGCCAAGGAAAUGUUUGGAGGGUUCUUUAAGAACAUGGUAAAGAGUGCCGAUGAGGUCCUCAUCUCAGGGGUCAAGGAGGUUGAUGAGUUUUUUGAACAGGAGAAGAUUUUUCUGUUGGAUUAUUCCAGUAAAAUCAAAGAUGCCACGGCUAAGGCUGAGAAAAUGACACGUUCACACAAAAAUGUUGCUGAUGAUUAUAACCACAUUUCUGGGGCUAUGAACAGCAUUGCUGCAGACAACAAUACUGCCUUUAAAAAGCACUUAGAAAAAUGUGCUGAAGUGUUUGAAAAGCUUAGAAAAUUGGAGGACAGGGUGGCAUCGGAUCAGGAGCUCAAGCUGACAGAAUUGUUGAGAUACUACACAAGGGACAUCCAGGCUGCCAAGGACCUGUUGUAUAGACGUGCACGGGCACUUGCAGAUUAUGAGAACUCCAAUAAAACUCUUGACAAGGCUCGUCUGAAGGGUAAGGACAUCGCACAGGCUGAGGAAAACCAGAAGCAGUGUCUGCGGAAGUUUGACAAGCUCUCCGAGUCUGGCAAGAAAGAGCUCACCAGCUUCAAGGCGAGACGUGUAGUAGCCUUCCGUAAGAACUUGAUCGAGAUGACUGAGCUGGAAAUAAAACAUGCCAAGAACAGCAUGUCCCUUCUGCAGGGCAGCAUUGAGAUCCUCAAUAGCAACUGACCCACACGAUGAGGUCGGUCACUGGAUCAUCUUGAGGUCCUUGCAUUGUUACCAACCCAUUAGAGGGGAACCUGACUGCACCUACUUCAAAAGUCUUAAAUGUGGUUCAGUAACCUCUCCAAAACGUAAAAAAGAGCCACUACCAGCAAUGUCUUUACCAUGUUUACACUCUAUCUCGUUGUUUUUUUCUCUCAUGCCUCCUUUUACUGCCGGUAUCUUGCCACCAAACUGAGGGCAGUGAACAUGACAUCACCCCAAAGCUCUCCCAUUUAUUUGUAUUAUCAAUAACACAAUGUGUGUGUUAGCAUCCAUUUCUUUCCCUUUUUUUUUAUUUUUUUUUAUUUUUUAUAAAGUAUUUCAAGUUUUGCCGGAUAAGAUGAGAUGUUUCAGCUAGGAUUAUGCAGACUGAUAUAAAUCACCACAGUGACCGAAGAAGAAAGUGCAUCAUUUUUGAUUAUGACUGCAAUUUCGUACCUUUAAAUGUGAUUUAUCUGCUUUUUGCCGUCACACUGGAAAGCUGAUGCGUACUAAUCAUGAACUGUUACGUAAAUUGACGUGUGACGACAAACAGAGCGGUAUAAAGUGUUACGUGACAUGGAAUACUUCAAAGACACAACCCAAUGUCACAGAUUACUAGAUAAAAAUGUAAGCACAAAGGAAAUGUUGACAUUAAUUCACGAUCAAAUACUUUUUCAAAUUACCCUUUGCCAGGGUCAAAAACAGCACUUUUCGUAUUGAAUCUGGUUAUUUUUUUUUAAAUUGUAGACUGACUCUUAUGUCCCCAUUUGGUGUGUGGGUGAAGUCUCAAUUUUGAGUUACUAUAAGUAGUUUGUGGAAUCCAGAGUUUUUUAUGGUAAAGGUUACACAGCCAUGAAUAAGAUGGUGCUUCCAUAUAUGUGUUAGCAAGAAACUCUUUCCCUCAAAUGAACUGCAUGUUUUUCCUGAACUCAUCCUUUUUUGAAGACUGAAGUCAUAUUCUAUUGUGAAAAAUGCCACCCAUUUAAGUUUGAGUUAAUUUAGUUUCAUAGUUAGCCUUCACAUCCUUUCACUAUUAAAUAUAAAUCGGCAUUCCUUAUUCAAAUGUAUUUUUUUUUACUAGACUAAAUGUUUUCUCUUGAUGUUGUUACUAACAGUGUAAGACUUCCUACAUUUAAAUUGGACCAAAAUAUGUGCCAAGUUUGGUUUGAUGUAAAAACACAAACAGAUGUAACUUUAUGAUUAUGGAGAUUAUGUUUUGUAAAAGCACUAUUACAAUCAUGUCUCAGCGAAGACAAUUUUUAUAAAUGAUUGUAUAGAUGAAAGUUUUUUCAUAUGGACUAUCAUCAUUUUUAUGAAAGCUUGCAAUAAUGAAAAUAAAUAUGCCCUGCUUUUCCCA